UUAUUGGAUGAAUAAGUCAUAAAAUAAAACUAGAAAAUAUACAUCCUACAUACAACAAUAUGCAUACCAAAACAAACUGUAGGAGUAAGUUAGCUGGAACACAAAUGUAUAACGAAAUAAGACAUAAUUUGACCAUGUUGGAAACACCAGAUUGACAACUUGCAAAGCACACAAUUAGGAAAAACCAAUUAAAGAUAUUAGAACUACUGGUAGCUCACAACCACUCAACCACUCAACUUGCCUACAGGUUUUUGAGUGACAACACCCUUUACCUGACCAUUUUAAAAAUAUUCAAAGCAACCACUUGUCAGGACCAGUCUUGGGAAGAAAAGGAGUGGACUGGAUCAGAUUACAAAUAUCAACAGUGGCCUUGAUGGGUUUCCAUAUACAUAUCUUUACUUAUCCAUUUUUAUGUAUUUAUUGUUUAUGCUUUUGUAUUAUGUUUUUUAGGGCUUACCAAUGCCACCAAAACGAUUGGCGCAGUCAUCUCUUCAACCUUCGCACGAGGCAAUUGUUGUUCCAAAUGGGGAUUUACAUGACAAUGUGGAUACCCAACACUCACAGCCACUUGAUGUCGAUAUGGAGGCAUCGAGGGAGGCAGCCCCCCAAUCUAGUGUCGUGCCUACUAGACACCCUCAUGGCUUGGCACGCGGGUUGAAGGUUCAAGCAAUGGUUCAAAAAGAUGGAAAGCUCAAAGUUCCUAUACCACAGGAGUAUCGUGCACCAGUGGGGGAUCAUGCCUCUCAAUUAGUCUCCAAAAUUGGUGUUGAGGUCCGAACACACUUGCCAGACUUUAGCAUUCGCACGUGGAAACAUGUCAACGAAGAAGUUACGGCACCUACGUUUCAGCGUCUAACGGAUCAAUUUGACAUGGAAGGUGACUCCACAAAUGUUAGCAAAGCGGUGGCAACAAAGUGUGGACGGAGCUUGAGCAGCUACACCUACAGACUACGAAAAAAAUACCUGAACCUUAAAAGUGCUAAGGGAGAGGAGUAUGCUAGAAGCCACCCACCGCCUGAAUGUGACCUCGAGAAAUGGAAAAACUUGAUUGACAAGAAGUGGAAUGAUGCCAAUUGGCUGAAGCAAUCAAAUGCUAACAUUGACAAUAGAAAUCAAUUGAAAACGAAGCAUAGAUGUGGGUCAAAAUCUCUCCCAGUUAGGGUACACGAGGCGACAAUUGCAAAUGGGGGCCAACUGCCAGAGUUGCCAUGUGUUUACAAAUCUACACACUUUAAUGAUGUCACAAAGCAGUGGAUUUCUCCGGAGUGCGAAGAGAAUUAUGAUAAUAUGAUAAAGAUCCAAGCUGAACAUUGCUCCCGACCUGGUGUGGUUCCAAUUACUCAGGAGGAGCUAUCUGUGAAGGUGCUAAAGCCAAGGUCGGGAUAUGUUAAAGGACUCGGGUUGAGGCGUUCCUUCUCUGUCAGGGCUACCAGUGCUUCGACUGACAGUGACUAUGUGAGGCGUCUAGAGAUGGAAAUACAAGAGCAAAAGGAGCAAAUUCAGUCACAAAAGAGGAAAUUCAGUCACAAAAAGAGGAAAUUCAGUCACAUAAAGAGGAAAUUACAGCACAGAAACAUGAAAUUCAAGUAUAAAGAGAGGAAAUUCAAGCACAAAAUAAAGAGAUAGGGAAGAUGAAUGGGUCGAUUGACGAGCAUUUUGAGAUCACAUCAAGCAUCAUGGAGUUUCUUAAGAAGCAAGGUUUCAAAGGACAAUUUAGAGGAUGAGGUAUCCCAUGAACUCGUACAUCGCCUUUUUGGUUGGUUUUGAUGACGUUCGGAAGCAUAUUUGCAAAUGAAGAUCAACUGUUGAAUUUUUUUCCUAAACUGAUGCUUAGUUGUAGUUGCAAAUUAAGAUUGAGUGUUGAUUUUUUUUGGUGGACUCCACGUUAGUUUAUUUUGGGAUUUACUUUGAUGGUUUUUUUGUGAUACUUAAUGGAUUAUUAUUAAGGUUGUUUGAUGGAUAUAUUUUGAUUUAUAAAAUAAAUUAUUUAGUGAAUUUUUUUG